CGCGUACCAGUGCUUCUCUCUGCACACACUGAGGGUGUUGCUAGGCUUCGAAAGGAAGACGGUCUAACAGCCGCCUGCAUUACGACUGCCCUGGGGUUGCGUCACUUCCGUGGCGGAAGGAUCGCCUUUAUAAGGCAGCGCGGCGCUUUACGGUUCUCUUUUCAGCCCUCGAGUCCAAGAUGGUGAGAGCGAGCGAGUGUGUGAUGGCGGCCGGGAAGCGGCCACUCAGUGCUGUUAUCGUGUGAUGGCAGUACGGCAGCUCUCUCCGGCCGCCGGGUGGGCUCUCACAGCGGGGAAUGGCUGUCAGGGAGCGGGGGCUGGGGUCCGGGGAGCCUCGCUCUGGGGGGAGCCGCGUGUUACAGGCCGGGCCGCCCCCUGGUUUAGAGGAGGCUCCCUAUAGCUUUAUGGCGGCAGGCACCAUCUCAUUAUAGGGCAGCGCUUAUUGCACGCUAAUAACCAUGGUUAUUAUCAUUAAUCCCUAUGGGCUGCCUGUCCCUUAUGAGGAGUGAGGCCUAUGGACCGGGCCUCCCCGCUCUCCCUCCUUGUGCAAUGUGUUAAUCCCAUCCCAGGAGCUCAUAGCCAGCAAUGCAAUGUGAACUCAGGCAGCCCUGAUAAUGUUAGAAUAUUAAAAUUGUAUUGGCACCGUUUUGUAUAACACAUCAAUUGGUCUCCAAAACCUGUAUUAUUAUUUUUGAUAGAAUGUUACUUUUCAUGUUUGUUCCUGUCUUGUUUAAUAGACCUGCCUAAUAUUGAUCAGAAUACUGUCUGAUUUAUUGCUGUUGGUAACACGCAAAAUGUGCCUGUGCCCUGUGUUUAUUUUAAAGUAACUCGUUUUUGACUUCUUUCAAAACAGACCAAGAAGCGAAGGAAUAACGGACGCGCCAAGAAGGGCCGCGGGCAUGUUCAGCCCAUCCGCUGCACCAACUGCGCCCGCUGUGUCCCAAAGGACAAAGCCAUCAAGAAAUUUGUUAUAAGGAACAUAGUGGAGGCUGCUGCAGUCAGGGAUAUCUCUGAAGCUAGUGUCUUUGACUGUAAGUUCACAUGGCUCAUAUACUUGAUUUAGAGUUUGGAAGCUCUGGCACUUUCAGUGUCUUGGUUUAUUUUGCAAUGACUUUGCAAGAGUAACAUGAAGGCAUGAUGUGCAGCAAUCCGAGGGAGGUUCUAACAAAAGAGAUACUUACCUGAAAGACCCCCUUGUAGAUGCCAUCUUUCUUAUGGGUAACCCCUUUCUAUGUGCUUCAUCUGUUGGGUUCCGGUCACAGUUUUAUUCUUGUGCAUGAGCAUCAAACAGGUUCAUGCCAUUGCUGGAACAGCUAUCCCGGCUAAGCCUGUGCAAGUGAGGGUUCUGGGUUUCUUCACCUUGAAAAAACGAAACCAAAUCAAAUGUUAAAAUUGCCACACUGUGUGAUUCUUCUCUUAGAAGUAAAUGCAAUGCUCUAUGUGGAAAGUUACCAGUGUUAGGAAUCAUGCAUAGCAUGAAGCCGAACAUGAAGACCUUUUGAUUUUUCAAAUAUCUUCAUGAAGGAGAGCCCGUAGUGUCUCAGUCAAACUGGAGUCGUGUUCCUGGCUAAAUGUAAACAUUGUUGUCUCUUGGAAACUGUUUUACAUUGGGGGAGGGGGGGGGGGAAAGACCAGGUCUAUGCAACAAAAAUGGUAAAAUAAGUAGUUCCUGCAGUGUCCCCUUUUAGCCAUGGGAAUUGGUGAAAUGUCCUUGGAGACAUCUACAGAAAGUUUUAAUUGUUCAAUGGUGGAAUAUUGGAAUAUACGGUAACUUUAACACUCAGGGUUCUUGGCUCUGGCAAGUAAUUGUUGUCAAAUAGUUUUUAGCUUUUUCUGCUCAUGUGGAAGACACCUUCUGCUGCAACACAAAAAUUGGAGUAGUAUAAAGUUUUGGCGUAAACUUUGAUUUGGAAUAUGGAAGAAAAAUCUUAAACUACUUCCUGUAAUAGCUAUAUAUUUUUUUCUUAGCAAAGUGCUUACAUAAGUUCUUUAUUUUACAGCCUAUGCAUUGCCCAAAUUGUACGUAAAACUGCACUAUUGUGUCAGCUGCGCGAUCCACAGCAAAGUUGUCAGGAACCGAUCUCGUGAAGCACGUAAGGAUCGUACACCACCACCUAGAUUUCGGCCAGCGGUAAGUAUUACUUAAUGUAAAUUUUAUAGACUUGGAUUUAGGAGCAUUUCUACAAACAUUCAUCUGACAUCUGUAGAGGAUAGUCUGAUCCAAAGGUGAAUGUUCAUAAUGUAAACCAAAUCCUCCUCCUGUGAUAAUAUUGGAUACUAAAGUGAUGUUUGUGUACCUACUUUCUUGUAUCUUAUUAGGUAGUUUUUUGUUUUGUUACGAUCCUCUCCAUGAAAUGCAGUGACCGUGCAAUGUUAGUGUUUGAUAGCUCCUUCUAGAAAACUGAAUAUAUUUUAAAUAGUUUCUGCUGUACUUGUGAAGUAUGCUUUUCCAUUUUGUUUAUACUGCAUGUUUAUAGGGUAGGCAGAUUUAGAAAUAUUUUUUUUUUUUUGUGUGUGAAAACUGCCAGGAUACAAUUAAGCUUAAUACCAACCAGGUUGGUCUAUAUUGUCUAAUGGUAGUUUAGAAUAGUGUAUUGUUAAGAUGGUGUUUAGUUAUCACCCACCCCUUUUGUAUACAUAGUUGCAGUAUUUUUUUUCUUUAAUGCAGUUGUAUGUUGGGGACUCACAUGCCACACUUGCUGGAUGUGCAAACUCUUACAGAUUCUCUCAUUUGAGGUGUCUCAGAUAUUAAGAACACCUUCAACUGUAGCAAAGAACAGUUUUUUUUUUUUUUUUGUUUUUUUUUACUUUUUCCUAAUGAAAGUUUUGCAUAUAAAUUCUCGAAUGUCAUUUUAAUCUGCAUGCUUUCUUAAAGGGGAGCAAUUGCUUUCCAGGAUGUUAUGUUUACUUGUCCUCUGUAUCUAACAAAUAUGUAUUUGUCAGGAAUAUUAAAGGGACUUUGUCACUUUGACAAUUUCAUCUCAAUGAAGUAGUCUGGGUGCAGUGGACAUGACCUUUUAACGUUUUCUCUGCCAUUUAGGAGUGAAUUCACUUGUUUUUGUUUAUCCGGCCUAAAUUGCAUUUAUAUAGUGCUUGGAGCAGAUCUGUUAACAGAUGCCAAAAUAACCUUUACAUCAACUAAAGGUCCCCCCUCAAUUUUCUGCAUACAUGACUAGGCUGACAGCAUGUGAUGCAUACCUAAAACUGACACGUGUCACCACAACGGCCUCUUCUCUUGUGAGAUUAUUCUAGUGUAUGAUCUGAGGUCUGUCCUAUGCUUCUCUCAACAGCAUUGGAGCCCUACUGGGCAAGUAUGACAAUAGGGUGUCUCAGCCAAUCUAAUGCUUCUGAUUAUUUAUAUAGCGCCAACAAAUUCCGUAGCGCUGUACAAUUCUACAUGUAAUCAGUACUGGACUUGAAGGCUGUCCAUUGUCUUCCCAAGGAAAAACCUCUUUUAGCGUUCUACCGCUACUAGGGUAUUCUGAAUGGCAAAUGUAAACACAAACCACAGUGUUUGCCAGACUGCAGGGCAGGUUUUUUUUUUUUAUACACAUCAAAACAAACUUUAUUAAGAUUAAGUGAUUUUAGUGUUUUUAUUGUGGUUCACAAAACAAAUCUGAUUUCAGUCUCCUCUGAUUAAGGGUGAAUUCUUCUGCUGUAAUGUAGCGGACUAGUCCUGAUAGGCACAAAAUGAAAGUGCAUACAUUAAGAUACGCGCAUAGUAAGAAGUCAUAGGUUAUCUAAGUUUAGUUGCUCUGUUUUGUUUGGUAAUAGUCUGUGGUUACUAUUUGAAACUAUAAAAAAUGCUUUAUAUUAGAACAAUCCUAACUUAGUUUUUUUUUCCUUUUAGGGUGCCCCUCCAAGAGCUCCUCCAAAGCCAAUGUAAGAAGACUGCCUAACAUGUAUCUUCUCAAAUAAACUGUUAAAAACAAUACAUGUUUCAUCUUUUGUUCUGACUUCUAAAUGUUGUG